CAAUCUGGCAUCAUAACCCUGAAGUUGAUUGUGUUUUCGACUUGCAGUCUUUACGCGAUGAGAAAGUCAAUUCUUGGGUUCAUCGUUAAGUAAUGCGUUUUAAAUCUUGUGCCUAAAAUAAAUAAACACCGAAAACACGAGUUAAACUGAUUCGACAAAAUAAUCGUUAAAAAUAUAAAUCUGCUAUAAAUUCAGUACACAUAUAUGUAGUGUGUGAGGGCGCGAUCAGUAUUUUCUUGCAAUACGAGUCCAAAAUGUCAGACAUCGAUAAAUGGAUAGAGAUUGCAAAAGAGUGCAAGUAUCUUCCUGAAAAUGACCUUAAGAAACUUUGUGACAUAGUAUGUGACUUAUUACUAGAAGAAUCGAAUAUUCAACCGGUGGCCCUUCCAGUAACCGUGUGUGGCGAUAUACAUGGCCAGUUUUACGAUCUAGAAGAAUUAUUUCGUAAUGGAGGCGAAGUGCCUGAUACACAGUAUAUUUUCAUGGGUGAUUUUGUAGAUAGAGGGUAUUACAGUUUAGAAACAUUUACCCGCCUACUUACACUUAAAGCUAAGUGGUCAGAUAGAAUAAUAUUGCUUCGAGGAAACCAUGAAUCCAGACAAAUUACACAUGUCUACGGUUUUUAUGAUGAAUGUCAAAACAAAUAUGGCAAUGCUAAUGCAUGGAAGUACUGCUGUAGGGUAUUUGACUUGCUCACAAUCGCUGCUUUAAUCAACGAAGAAAUACUCUGUGUACACGGUGGACUAUCCCCGCUGAUUAGAACACUAGAUCAAAUUAGAACGAUUGAGAGAAACCAAGAAAUUCCACAUAAAGGUGCUUUUUGUGAUUUGGUCUGGUCGGACCCAGAAGAUGUUGAAUCGUGGACUGUUAGUCCACGUGGAGCUGGUUGGUUAUUUGGAAGCGCGGUAACAUAUGCGUUCAUGGAGAUCAACGACCUUAGACUUAUUUGUAGAGCUCAUCAAUUGGUUCACGAAGGUUACAGAUACAUGUUUGACGAUAAACUUGUCACAGUGUGGUCGGCUCCAAAUUACUGUUAUCGUUGCGGUAACAUAGCUAGUAUUUUACAGUUCUCACAUCUCGGACGCAUUUUCCCAGUGCUAUUCAAAGCAGUGCCUGAUUCUGAAAGAGUAAUUCCACCCUUAACUACUACACCAUACUUUUUGUGAUCUAACUUAGUGGUCUAUUCAUCUGGAUGCAGAAAGGAGAUGGUGUCUGCGUUUAAGCUUUACAGAAUUACAUGACUUUCUCUCGUGUUGAUGGACACAGGCUGGUACUAUGAUGGAACAUUAAAUUUACACAAGUACAUCAGAGUAUGAUAAAUGAUAAUGAAUUCUAGUUUAAUAAAAUUUUUUUAUGUUUUUAUCAAAAGAAAAUAUGUCACUCGGAAAUCAGAAUUAUCGUGUGAUUAUCUGUUCAGGGAAAAUGUUCUUAUGCAAUUUUUAGGAAAUAUACCUGUUUUUAUAUGUUGAAGAAUUACCUUUUAUACGUAGUGCGCCAGCCAUUGCAUCAGCCUGAUUUCUCUAGUUUGAAAAGUGUUUGGCAUCGAGACAAAUGCAAACAUUCUGUGGUCUAGACGCUUUUAGCUGUCUACUGUGUACAUUCUACAGAGCAUUCGCAUCUCAGAGCAGUAUUGUGGACGUGUUGUUUUAAGAGCCAAAUGCUUUUAAGCAAGUUACAUAUGUAAACAACAAAGCGGUUCGUGUAUGAAUGAAUUAAGCGAGAAACCAUUUAAACAUUUUGGUAAGGAAGAGCCUCUGAGUACAGUGAAUGCUUAAUUGAUAUUACGAUCGUUGCGCGUAGAAUUCAGGUUUAUUAAAGCGUGAACAUAUAUACUACUGUUAAGGUCUUCCUGAGUAUGUAAUUAAUCUGUUUCUGAUUUAGAUACUGUGCGUGCUGCGUGCAAUUCUUUUUAUUCUAGAUGCGCAAUCGGUGUUCUUAGCAGCGUAAAUUCGGCUACUCUGCCGAGGUACAAAUAGUAUGUAGCAGUAGUCAAAGUAUUUCUGCCUAGGUAAAGAAAUUGAGUAGAGCAAUUAUAUUGUAUAAUAGAGAUUUUGUUAUUAUUUUUAUGCGCAUGACAAUUCUGUAUUUAAUUCUCGUUCUGUUUUCUUUGUUAUAAGCAUAAUUGUUGCUUGGAAAACAGGAUUUUAAAAGUAUUUAAAUUUCUUUCAGAGUAUCAGCCUUUUCAGCCACGUUUUACUUUUAUGUGUACAGAGCAAUAGGUUGAAUAUUAAUAUAUCCUCGGAAUCUUUGUACAGUUUCCACAUUGUAUGCCAAAUUGCUGUUGUACUGAAUAAUUGUAAUAACUAGAUUGUCAUAAGUUGAUUAAUGUAGGGAGCAAUUUUUAAGGACCGAGACCUUUAGCAAUGUGCCUCUAAAUUAAUAAGCGUUUGUGUAAUAUAAUGAUAACGAUAUUGAUACAUAAUUAAUGGGGAAUGCACUGGCCGUUGCGUAUCAUAAGCCUGAAUUCUGGCCAUCGAUUUGUUAGCUCAUGAUACUCCUAACCGAUCACAGACCCGACAAAUACGGCAUUGGCAUUGGCACUGGCAUUGGCACUGGUUGUCAAGUUGAAACUACUCUAUUUUCAAUUUUGUGAUAUAGUUCAAGUGAGGCAUGUGAAAAUUGCGUCGACGUUUGUAACGAUUUUCCAUGUCGGGGAUCGUUUUGAGGAUGUUUUGAAGACUCGUUAUUUGAAGAAGUAUAGUCAACUUUUGAACAGUGCCUUCAGAACUAUAACACGACGGUCUAUUAGAAAUAAAUACUUUCUACUGACGGAUAAUCAUAGACGAACUAGGACGGAACAUAUAAAUAACAGAGAGCUUAACAAUGGUGUGUAUUAAGGAAUUUUCUUCACUUUUUUAUAUUCCAAGAAAAUACUAAUCGAUAAUUCCUUUAUCAAAUUUCGACAUCGCUGUCUCGGUAAGAUAUCUCGGCAUCCAAUUCGAUUGCUUUACAUACGGAUACUUUUUACAUUUUACAAUAUUAUCGAUAAACGAACGAAAGAAAAUGAUUAAAAAAAAAAUAAAAAUAAAUAAAUAAAA